UCGGUGGCUGCCGCCAGCGAUCCAGCGUGCAGAGCGCACCCGCCGGCCCGGCGCAGACACGGCAGCGAGGGGUGCGCUCAUGGAGCACACGCUCAUGGAGCACACGCACGUCCGCUUCGCAGCCAACAGCUCGCUGUCCUGGUCCCCCAGCGCGGCCUGCGGCUUGGGCUUCGUGCCCGUGGUCUACUACAGCCUCCUGCUGUGCCUCGGUUUACCAGCGAACAUCCUGACCGUGAUCGUCCUCUCCCAGCUGGUGGCCAGGAGGCAGAAGUCCUCCUACAACUACCUCUUGGCCCUCGCUGCUGCCGACAUCCUGGUCCUCUUCUUCAUCGUGUUUGUGGACUUCCUCCUGGAAGACUUCAUCCUGAACAUGCAGCUGCCUCAGGUGCCCAACAAGAUCGUCGAAGUGCUGGAGUUCUCCUCCAUCCACACCUCCACCUGGAUCACCGUGCCGCUGACCAUCGACCGCUACAUCGCCGUCUGCCACCCGCUCAGGUACCACACGGUGUCCUACCCCGCCCGCACCCGGAAGGUCAUUGUCAGCGUCUACCUCACCUGCUUCCUGACCAGCAUCCCCUACUACUGGUGGCCCAAUAUCUGGACUGAAGACUACAUCAGCACCUCCCUGCAUCAUGUCCUCAUCUGGGUCCACUGCUUCACUGUGUACCUGGUGCCCUGCUCCAUCUUCUUCGUCUUGAACUCAAUCAUCGUGUACAAGCUCAGGAGGAAAAGCAACUUCCGCCUGCGCGGCUACUCCACGGGAAAGACCACGGCCAUCCUGUUCACCAUCACCUCCAUCUUCGCCACGCUCUGGGCGCCCCGCAUCGCCAUGAUCCUCUACCACCUGUACGGGGCGCCCAUCGAGAACCGCCGGCUGGUGCACGUCGUGUCCGACGUGGCCAACAUGCUGGCCCUGCUCAACACGGCCAUCAACUUCUUCCUCUACUGCUUCAUCAGCAAGCGUUUCCGCACCAUGGCGGCUGCGACGCUGAAGGCCUUCUUCAAGUGCCAGAAGCAGCCGGUACAGUUCCACCCCAACCACAACUUUUCCAUCACCAGUAGCCCCUGGAUCUCUCCAGCCAACUCACACUGUAUCAAGAUGCUGGUGUACCAGUACGACAAAGAUGGAAAACCUAUUAAAGCGUCCCCGUGA